AUGCUCGGUGACCUUGUGACAUCGGAAGGCAGGAAAACGUCAUCACAGCGUGAUAAUACCAGUAUUCUGAGCAUGCGUGCUGGGAAGAAGCCGCCCCUUCCAGAGGCAGCACCUCUGCCUUUGCUAAAGCAGCCUUGCCUGCAGAUGGUAUAUGAUGUUCAGUUUGUUGUAUUUUUCAGGAGUCGUACUCCUCAGGGUGUGUGCAUGGUUGGCAAAAUGGGGAAGGAGAAAGGAGGUUUAAUAAUGAAUGCUACAUCUCCUUUGCUUUUUUCUGUCACUUUCCAGUGGAUUCACAAACACACAUACAGCCUAGAGGCUGUCUCAGAGAGCCCAGUGCUAGUUGUGGAUGCCUCUUCAGGCUCCUCUGACGACGUUGACAGGGGAAAUGACCCCUAUGAAUUGACAUCAGUAAUCUGUGACGGAGCCACCUGUGAAAGCUAUGAGCAGAAUGAAUUGAUAUCUGUAACCAAUAAGGAAGCCAUCACUGAAAGCACUGCCCUGAAUGAAUUGACAUCAGAAACCUAUAAGGAUGGCAACAAUGAAACCACUGCCCCGAGUGAAUGGACAGCAGCGUCCUCUGAAGGACUCUCCAAUGCAAACCAUGACCAGAGCCAGGUGGAAAAGGUAACUUGUGUUGAACCCUUCAAUGAAAGCCAUGACCAGAGCCAGGUGGAAAAGGUAACUUGUGUUGAACCCUUCAAUGAAAGGUACUUUGGAGGCUCCUCUCUAAGUCCCAGUAAAGAAAGCAGCAGGAUUAAGAGAAUUGUGUACUUGAUUGUAUCAUCCUUCCCUUUCAGAAUACUUGGAAUUUUGCUGACCUUUGUGGAUGUGUCCCUCAUCAUUACAGACAUACUUGUCUCUGAUAGCACGAUAUAUAUUCCUUUGGAGUAUCGUGCAGUUUCUUUAGCUAUGGGUUUAUUUUUUUUCAUGGACGUUUUUCUUCGAGUGUCUAUAGAAGGGGUACGACGGUAUUUUUCCGAUAUGUUGAACUCCUUAGAUGCUUCCAUUAUUGUGGUGACUCUACUAGUCAAUAUUGCUUAUUUUUUCUAUGACUUCAAGUUUCUUAAAAAUUUCCCCAAAUUGAGAAUUGUUUUACUACCUCUACGACUUUUCACUCAGACAAGAUCUCUUCAUCUGGCUCAGCAAAACAGACAUCUUGCAAUGCUGACCAGGAGGAGGGUUUCAGAAAACAAACGGCGAUACAAGAAGGAUGGAUUUGACUUAGACCUCACUUACAUUACUGAGCGUAUUAUUGCCAUGUCAUUCCCAUCUUCUGGAAAGCAGUCUUUCUAUAGGAAUCCCAUUAAGGAAGUUGUACGGUUCCUGGAUACCAAGCAUCAAAACCACUACCGCGUCUACAAUCUCUGCAGUGAAAGAGCUUACGAUGCUAAGUACUUCCAUGAUAGGGUCUGUCGAUACAUGAUUGACGAUCACAAUGUCCCCUCUCUGAGUGAGAUGGUGGCGUUCUCCAAGGACGUAAAAGAGUGGAUGGCUCAAGAUGAGGAAAACAUCACAGUGAUUCACUGUAAGGGGGGCAAAGGAAGAACUGGAACUAUGGUCUGUGCCUACCUUCUUGCCAGUGAAAUAUUUGCAACCGCAGAGGACAGCCUUCAUUAUUUUGGAGAACGACGAACGGGUAUAUCCAUCAGCAGUAAACAUCAGGGAGUAGAAACUCCUUCUCAGAAGAGAUUUGUUGGAUAUUUUGCAAUGGUGAAAAAUACCUACAAGUUGACUCUUCCUCCAGUGAAGAAACUCACGAUGAAAACAAUCAUUAUUUAUUCAAUUUGUGGUGUUGGAGAAGGCAAUGGAAAUGAUCUAAAAGUACAAAUAAUAAUGCAAGGAAAGCCUGUCUUCUUCUGUUCUGCUUCCAAAAACUGUAGGAUGGGUUAUGAUGCUGAAACAGACAGAGUAAUAAUUAAUCUAUCCAACUGUCCAGCUCUGUAUGAUGAGGUGAAAGUGAAAUUUCUCUCUUCUUGUUCGGCUCUUCCUAAAUACUAUGACAACUGUCCAUUUUUCUUUUGGUUCCAUACAUCAUUUAUACAAAAUAACAGGCUUUAUCUUUCAAGAAGUGAAUUGGAUAAUCCCCACAAACCGAAAGCAUGGAAAAUUUACCGUCCAGAGUUUGCAGUCGAGGUCUAUUUUGAUGACGUGACCAACUGGGCGGACGUACCAGUGUGGAUCAUGAUCACCACAUCAGCCGCGGGGGCGGAUGAAGCACUCUUUAUUAGAGGCCUGGGGGGUCUCGGAGCAGCACAGAAUGAGGCGGCUGACCUCACUGGUGACGACAAGGGCUCCCGUAAACCAGACGACCAGGGAACAGCUGCCCAUCCCAAGUCUACAGGAGUCAGAUGA